AUGUUGUCUUUUUGUGAGACCCAUGAAGCUGAAGUGCUGAAAAAUCUGAAGGAGAAAAGAGAGCGUGAUCAGGAAGUGCUCCAGAGGGCCAUUGACGAAGGCUGCAACUUCAGCAAGUCCACUCAGGAGAAGCUCACUCAGAAGCUGCUGGCUGCGGAAGAGCGAUACAAGAGCCAUGAGGCUGAAGUGCUGAAGCAGUUGGCUGAGAAACGAGAGCACGAGAGAGAAGUGCUCCAGAGGGUCUUUGACGAAUGUUGCAACUUCAUGAAGACCACUCAGGAGAAGCUUAAUCAGAAGAUGGAAGCAAAGAAAGACAACCGUGAAGCGCGAUUGGCUGCUCUCGAUAAGAAACUUAAGGAUAAGGAUAAGAAGAUUGAAGAAUUGAAGAAGACAAGGGCCUGAAGAUGGAAAGAGAAACAAUGUAUUCAUACAGCUCAAAGAUAAUCGUUGCAUUACAUUUACUGUGCUAGUCCCAGCAUAAGAUUUAGUGCCUCUUUCUGAGAGAUUCCCGUUGGCAGCUGAUUACACUGUAGUGUUUGUGGUGGUAACUGUUUUUCUAUCGGAGGGCAUUCCAAUUGGUAUAAUGAUCCAAAUAGUCAGCACUUCUGACAUGUUUGUUUAAAGUUGCAGGUACUGUUCUUUUCCUGAUCCUUCUCUGCCUUUAGUGACCCUGUUUGUAUUCAUGCAGUAUGACAAGUAAACUUGAGGUGGAUAAAUGGAUAUUAUUGUGACACA